GUAUAACCUUGGAGUGCCGCACCUUCGGCUGAGACCAUAUCUCCAUUCCGUGCUCACCACGGAUCUCCGUUGUCCUCCCCCUAUCUCUCCGUCUCGGGAAAUAGAGUUCCGGGCCACUUGAACUUUUAACGCUAUGGUUUAUGGAAAUGAGUGCUAUCGAGAGUCCUGAGUCGCCUGGCCUGGGCCGUAUUGCUCUUACGCAAAGCAGGAAGGCUAAACUGAAGCUGCAGUGCACUCAGUCACUACGUGCCCCUAGGCCGAAACGGAAUGGAGUGCAAAAGACUAUAGGCGCAGAGUACGGGGAGAAGAUCGACCUCAUUGAUAGAAGGUUGGAGCAGAUAGAUCGUUGUAUCAGUCAACUCGCUACGGACGGGAACAAUCGAUCUCGCCAGAUUACCGAUGACCUCGCGUCCUCGAGCCCAAAUACUUCGAGCCGCUCCGUUUGUUCACCGCAGUCGAUCGAUAACCAAUUGCCAACCAAUUCGGCAAGCCAGAACAACCUAUCCGUUCGCAUAGCAAGUCAGCACGCCACGGCAUCUCCCGCGACUGAGGCAAACUUUCCUACGGGACAGAAAGAGGGAGAAGGAUUGGUCUUGGAAGGCGGAUCCUCGCUGUCUGCCCACUCAACGCUGGCAAUAGAUUUUCUGGAUAGAGUGGCUGGUGCAGAUCGACGCAAGGGAUUUGACUUUGAAACACGAGAGCUGUUGGAUUCGCUCCGUCAGAUUGUUCAUGUAACCAAGGCGCAGCCCCCAUAUGCAGGAGGUCUCUUUUCUUUUGCACGGCCUUCUGCAGCUCUGCGACCUAAGCCCGCUACCAUGCCGCCAAUCAAAGUUGCUGCAGCCGCGAUCCGCAGUGCUGAAGGCUUUUUCCGCGAUGAUACCCUUGAGGGAGCUGAAGCACCAGAGAAUCACAGGGAGGAAUACAAGCUCUCCUGUCACCACGACAUGACCUUGGCUCUUCUUUUCGGUGCCAUCUAUGCUAUUGAACUGUCAAAACCAUCUAUGGCUUGGAUCCUUGUCCUCGCGGCAUAUCAAACUGCGUACUUUCUUGGUUACCACACCAGAAAACCAGGGUCGUCUGCGUGGUGCGAUACCUCAAGUAACUCCGGUCUCCUCUUCUGGGCAAUUUACUAUCUAGAAAAGAAAUUAUGUCUUCGCUUGGAGCGCUGCUCUACAAUCCCCGACUUUGAGAUCACUGUUCCAUUCCCAGGUGGCAGCCCUGCUAUGGACUACUGCAGGAACAUGGUCAAGCUCGCCACCCUAGCUGGAAAGAUUUAUGAGAAGCUGUACAGUGCACAAGCACUUGUUUCACUGAACGAAGAUGGUGCCUUUCGAGUAAUGACCUUUUCUCAGGAACUUGAUGCAAUUCACGAGCAGUCGCAAAAUGUCAUUAGAGAAUGGCACCGAUCUGCCGUACACGAGCAACAACGCGCACUAAUCGAAUACAUGUCUGCAUCGGACGAAUCCUAAGGUAUUCGAUGCAGACGCUGAUACACCGGACCUUGCCCGCCCCUGUAGGGUCGCACGUAUCAUUUACUAAAGAGUGCAUUGAUUCUGCCAGGAAAGCUCUUAUGUGCCAUCAAUCAUCUUCAAUAUUUCUUUUGGG